AUGGAGUACUGGUUCCUCUGCGACAUUGGCUACGCCAUAUCAUCCAUUCUCUGCAAGAUAUCUGUCGCCAUCUUCUUGCUGCGAGUCAUGGUUCGUCCAGCUCAUAGACGGAUCAUGUACGCAGUCACCGCGCUCACGGUCAUUGUUGGCAUCAUCUUUUUCAUCUUCAUGAUGGUCCAGUGCUCGCCGGUGUCCUAUUUCUGGACACGCAUGCACGGCGACACCAACGGCAAAUGCGGAUAUGUGGAUGCGAUCAUCAUCAUGCUGUACCUUUUCAGUGCGGCGUCUGCGCUUUUCGACCUGACUGUGGGCCUGCUGCCAAUUCUGCUCGUACGCAAUCUGCAGAUGAACAAGCGGACCAAGAUCGCUGUGGCGGGUCUCCUAGGAAUGGCAUGCAUAGCAAGCGUUGCCAUUAUAAUCCGGAUUCCAUUCGUUCAAACCAUUCGCGAUCAAGAUUUCCUCUAUGCAACCGUCCAGAUCGCAAUCUGGUCCAAUAUCGAAACCGGUCUUGCCAUCACAGCCGGCAGUCUCGCCACCGUCCGCCCUCUCUUCCGCAUCCUACACAGUCGCAAUGGAUCCUCCUACCGCAUAUUCGACUCCUCCGGUCCCCAGAGCAGGAAGCGCCAGCACCAGUUUCCCUUGGCUGACCUCGAAAGCAACACCUCGCAGUCCCGCCACGGCCACAAGAGCGAUUCCCAGGAUGUCCACCUCGGAACCACGAUCUCGGCGGAGAGAAACGACGGGGAUUUCACGAUUUCGAGCACGGAGCAGCUGAAUGGAAAGGCGCACUCGGUGCCUAUGCGGUCGUUGUCGAACAUCGGUGUGCAUCGGACCUUUGAGGUUUCGACGUCCGAGGCGGGAACUGAGCCUAGCGAGCGUCAUCAGGUCCGGCCCGUCGCUGUGGUUGUUGGAGUCUGCACGCAGCCUUAA